CCCUCCAACCUGAAAAAGCAAUAAAAAAAAACAAACUUAUUAAAUUAAAAUAAUUCACAUCUUUUACCUGUUUACCAUGACUUUAUGUCUCUCACCUCUUUACGGGGCAAACAACCCCCAAAAGGAAAAAAAAAAACUUCACUCGAACUCUUCUUCUUCCUUUUCUCACUUGCUCAGUUAUGGCCAUUGUCCUUCCUCUUCCUCCCCAUUCUCAUUUUCCCUCUCUUUCUUUUUCCCUAUUUCUUACUAUUCCUCCAUCAUCUGCAUUCCCAUUUGAUUAUUCCUUGCUUUCAUCAUUAUGGGUUACUUCUCGUGCAACGGGGAAUCAUCAAUCGCCGCUUGUGAUUCUUACAACUUUAAUCUCGGCCCCAAAACUCCUAAACCCCAUAAAACCCCUCAAUCUCUAAACCAGAUUAUUGAAUUUUCCUACUCCGAUCUUCAUUCCUCCACUAAUGGUUUCUCCCAAUCUCACCUCCUUGGAAAGGGGAGCCACGGCAGCGUUUACAGAGCUGACAUCAGUCUCCCCCACCACCACCGCCACCGCCACCGUCAACUCAUCGCCGCCGUCAAAAAAAGCAAGCCCACCAAUCCCAAUUCGACAUUAAGUAUCAAUCCGGUUAAUACUCCCACCGAGAAUGAGUUUGAGAUUCUGUCCCGGGUCCAUCAUCCCCGGCUGGUUAAUAUCCUCGGUCAUUCAAUCGAUUCCAAUCACAAUAAAUUGAUCGUGGUUGAGUUUAUGCCGAAUGGGUCUUUGUUCGAUUUGCUUCACGGGUCGUCCCAGCCGCCCGGUUGGACCCGGAGGGUCCGCUUGGCGGUGCAAGUGGCUAAAGCGGUUCAUUUCUUGCAUUCGUCCAACCCGCCGGUUAUUCAUCGGGAUGUGAAAUCGUCGAACGUGUUAAUCGACGCGAAUUCCAAUGCCCGGCUGAGUGAUUUCGGAUUGGCUUUGAGAGGACACGUGGAGGACGUCCGGGUUAAGUGUACGCCGCCGGCGGGGACGUUGGGGUACCUCGAUCCGGGUUAUCUUGCUCCGGGUGAUCUCAGCACCAAAUCCGACGUGUUCAGUUUCGGGAUUUUAUUACUGGAGAUUAUCAGCGGCCGGAAUGCUAUCGACGUGAAUUUCAGCCCGCCGUCGGUAGUGGAUUGGGCGUUGCCGGCAAUAAAGUCGGCGGAUUUCGCGUCGAUUUGUGACCCGAGGAUUGGUCCACCGGAAGACGAUGCGGCGCUAAUGCAGCUGGCGUUGCUGGCGGCGAAGUGCGUGAGGGCGUCAGCGGCAAAACGGCCGACGAUGGGGGAGGUGGUGGAGUGUUUAAAACACGUGUAUAAAAGAGUGAACAACCCGAUUUGGAACAAUUUGGGUCGGCGCGUGGAUUGCGUGAGAGACAGCAGUAAAUAUGAGCCGUUGGAUGACGAGGGCGGCGGCGACGCGAUCAAGGCCGUUAAAGUUGGUAUUAGAAGGAACAGGAAAGUAUCCAAUGUGAUGAGUAGUAGUAUGGAGGAGUGGAAGAGAGAUUUGUUGACUAAUGGAAUGAGCACGGAUCGUAUCGGACGGUCGAGAUCGAUCGGCUCAUUCAGGGAGAUUGAAUUUGGUAUGUUGGAUUUGAGCAGUAAUAGUAGUAAUAAUGUUGUUGGUAGGAGAAGAGGAGGAGGAUUGGCUGUGAAGAUGCCUACAGUAAGGUUGAGUAAGUCAAGAUCAAUGGGAAUGUUGCAAAGUAGUACUUCAAGAUUGGUGAAUAAUGAUGUUAAAGUCAAGUUUUUGAAGACUCCAAAUGCUAAGGAAUUGGAAGAAUCUAAAUUGUUGAAAAAGGAAAUUCAGAAGAAUUGAAUCCUCCUCUGUAUAGAAUUCUUGUGGCAAACUGAAUUCUACCAAGAAAGCAUAUGUACUAGUAAAGUAGUAUAGUACAUGAUGUAUUCAACAUUGAAGUGGUAGAUGGAUUCUUUCCCAACAACAGAUUUCUACCAAUUCAUUAGAUGGUAUGUACCAUAGUCCAUUAUACAACUCCAAUUCUCAAAUGUAAGCUUAAGCUAUUGCAAUCAAAACUAUCAAAUUGUCACAUACAUUUUGGUUGUGCCUUGUUUGGGCUUGCGGAUUUUGCUAAUGUUAAUCAAAU